CAGCGUGGAUUUUUGGUGUUUGGGUUUUUUUUUUGUUUUAACCGAAAUAUAUUAUAUGUGUAUAUAAAAAUAUAUAUGUAUAUAUAAAUAAGGUUCUCACUUUAAAUUUCGAAUAUGAAAAGUGAAAUUUUAAAAAACCAAUUUGAACAUUUUGUUCAUACGAGUAUAACAAUAUUAUAACUAAUAUACGAGUAUAAUAAAUGUCGUCAUUAUUGAAAAAAGUGAUUUUAUUUCCUGGAAAUAAUAAAAAUAAUUUAAUAAUUAAAAAUUUUAACAAUUUACAAAAAAUAAAUUUAAAUGACUUUAACAUCAAGAUCAGUAAUGUCCGAGGAAUCAGAGGAAGCUUGUCUUGUUAAUCCAAGAUCACCAACAUUACCUAGUAGUGGUUGUGGUGUUGGUGGUGGUGGAAGCAGUAGUAGUGGAGGUGGAAUUAUAACCAGUGGUAUUAAUAAUAGUAAUAACAGUAAUAGUAAUAAUAUUGGUAAUACUGGUAAUUGUAUCGGUAAUAAUAUUAAUUAUUCACCUGGUUUAAUGCCAUACACUGACGGUGUACAAACAUUUUCACAAUAUUACGGUGCUCAAAUGAAUAGUGUUUCAAGAAUGGGUAGUGGCUCAAGUCCAAAUAGUGGUAAUUCAAUUCCAUCCAGAGGUAGUCAUAAUGGAUCACGUACAGAUAGUAAUGGUGGUGCAAAUAUAUCUUCAGGACGUGGAUCUCAAAGUCAUGAAUCAGAAUCAGGUGAAUUGAUAGAUUAUAGUGAUGAUAUUUUAAUUAGUCAAUUUCAUGCGGAUGCCAUAAAACAGACUGGUUGCGGAAAAUUUCAAUUACUAGCCGCUUUAAUUGUUGGUUUAGGUUUAGCUGGUCAUGCAAUACAAAUUUAUGCAGUACUUUAUAUAUUACCAUCAGCUGAACUUGAAUUUUGUAUAAAAGAACAUAAAAAAAGUUGGUUAGGUUCAAUAACAUUAUUGGGUUUAAGUUGUGGUGCAUUAUUUUGGGGCGGUUUUGCCGGACGUAUUGGACGUCGAAAAACAUUAUUAAGUUGUUUAGCAGUAUCAAGUGUAUUUUCUGUAAUAGCUGCAUUUAUGCCAACAUAUGGACCAUUUAUGAUGGCAAGAUUUUGUGCUGCAGCUGGUGUCGGUGGUACAUUACCAGCUGGUGCAAGUUAUUUAUGUGAAAUAUCACCAAAUAAUGCUAGAUCACGUGUUAUAUCAUUAUUUAGUACAUUAGGUGUUGCUGGUGCAAUAUUUGCUGGUGGUGUUGCAAUAACAAUGGUACCACAAACUGGUCAAACGGUUAUGGAUGAAAAUAAAGAACAUUUUAGUGUAUGGCAUAGUUAUUUAUUAGUUGUAACAUUACCAACAUUUGGUUCAAUAUUCGGUUUAUUUUGGUUACCAGAAUCGCCACGUUGGUUAUUAGAUAGUGGUAGAGAAGUUGAAGCAUUAUCAAUAUAUCAAAAAAUAUUUCGUACAAAUAGAACACGUGGUGGUUAUACAUUAACUGAAUUAGAAUUACCGGGUACUAGAUAUCAAAGGCAUCGUGUUACAACAUCAGUUUUAGCUGGAAUGAUACAAGGUGUUCGUUUGUUUUUCAGCAGCUUCUUUCAAUUAUUUACAAAAUCAUAUGCACGUAGAACAAUUUUAAUGCUAGGAGCAUGGGCAUCAACAGUAUUUGUAUUCCAUGGAUUAACGAUAUUUAUUGCUGAACAUUCUAGAACAAUAGAAUUGGCAAAUUUUAAACAACAAACGACGACGAAAGUUAAUUUAACAUUCGAGAAUUCCGUCUUUGAUAGAAAUAUUGAAAAUUUGAUUUUUUCAAAUUGCAAAUUUAUUAAUUGUACAUUCCAUGGUGUUUAUAUAAGUCAUGUCUUCUUUGAAAAUUGUACAUUUGUAAAUACCGAAUUUUCAAAUAUUAGAACAAGUCAAACAAACUUCCUUAACGCUGCCUUCGAUAACGUAAAGUUAAUCGACACCGAUUUAACAGAGCGCCAUUUUAUAAAUACAACAAAAAAUAAUACUGAUAUAAUACGCUUAGAUUCAAGUUGUGAUCAAGAUUUUGAUUAUAAUAUAUUUUUAGAAGCAAUAUGGCGCUCAAAUUUAGGUGGAUUAGUUCCUGGUGUUAUAGCGGUGGCUUGUAUAGGUGAAUUUGUGCAUAGAUUUGGAAGAAGUCGAAUAGCAACAACAUGUUUUACAUUUGCUGCAAUGUUAUGUUGUGCAUUCGGAUUUUUAUUUAUUGAUGUUCAUGUUAUAUGGACUGGUGGUACAGCACAAGGAUUAAUGUUAGCUGGACUUGUUGCAUUAACAGUUCUAUCAGUAGAAACAUAUGUUACAUCAAUAAGAUGUUCAGCUCUAGGAGUUUUUGUAUGUGGAGGACAUAUUGGAGCUUUGAUUAGUGGUCCUAUAUAUGCAUCUUUGCCAACAACAACAUCACAUUUUGCAGCAGUUUUAUCAACAAUAUCAAUGAUUUUACCAAUAUUAUCAUCGGCAGCUUUAAAAGAUAACCCUAGCAUGUUAUUAUAAAAAGACGAAAUAAGCGUUUUAUAAUCAAAAAAUUUUUAGCUUUUAAAUUAUUUUUAAUUAAAAUUUCUUGCUUUUUUGUUUUUUUUUUUUUUUGUUAUUUAGUAUAGAUAUUUUAAAAAUCAAAAAAUUCUUUUAUAAUUGAAAUCAAUUGUUAAUAAUUAUGUAAGAAUUGUUAAAUUAAUUUUGUUUUUGUUUUUUUUUUUAAUUUUUAUAAGAUCAACAUGACAAAACGACAAAUUUAAAUUGUUAAUUUUUUUAAAUAUUUUAAUUUUUAAAUUUUUAUAUACAAACAUACAUUUUAUAUAAUUUAAGUAAAUUUUUAAUAAUUAAGAUAAACUAUAGAAAAAAUAUCAUUAAAUUGUAAACUACAUAAUGUCCUUUACAAAAAAAAACCAAAAAGUCAUAAUAUAUGCAUCAUAUUACAGAUCUUUUCGAUAUUACAGUUCUGGGAGUCAAAACGGCAUAGUUUCUAAUUGUAGAGCUUUCAAAUAUUACUCUGCAGUUGUAAAUUUAAGAAUUGAAAUAUCGAGAAAAAAACUACUAUGCUUUAAAAUGCUUAUUACAAUAGAUUUUAAUAUUUUAUAUAAAAAAAAAAUUACAAUACUAAAUAAAAUUAAAUAUGAAAUUAGACAGGGUUGAACAAUACUGUAGCAAAAAUUUUAAAUUAAAGUUUUGAUCGUUCAAUUAAUAAUAUAAACAAUUUUAUAAACAAAAAAUGAAAAAAAAAAAUAAUUUUAUUAAUUAAAUUUUACAAAAAUGAAUAAUUAAGAAUGAAAUAGU